UUUGAGUGUGGGCAAGGACACAGGGGCCCCAUGAUCCCCUUUAGCCCAUGAGUUGUCAGUCCGCCCCUGGUCUGAGUAUGAGUAAUGCGUAUAGAUGAAGUGACCAACAACAGAUUCUACAAUGGGUUAAUUCUCUGCAUUGAUCCUGACAUCUCUGAUCCUCCCAUUCUUCCACUGUCCCCCUCUUAUCUCCUGCUAAGGCAUAUGGUGUGGAGACACUCUGCACAUGCUCAGUUUGGUGUGUAUUGCUAGAGAGCGUUUUUUUUUUCUUGGGAGAGUGCAU